ACCGGCGAGUGCUCAGCAGGACUACAGGUCAUCCACACUAGAAGGAUAUUAAUGCUCUUUCAAGACUCCAUAUAUCAUUAUGCUAUCAGCAAUCUCCAAGUCUCAGACCGUCAUACAUCCUGUGCUCCAGUCACAUGAUAGUGCUACGAUCACUGCAUAGCGUAACGCAUCAUCAGCAUAAGCUUAUUUUUCUUCAUACUCACAACCGUUGCUACAUGCCGUCCACGUUCACAGCGGUGCUGCAUUGCACAUUGCAAUACUUAUUUUCAACAGCUUGCUCAUGAGGCUGCAGACUAAUAUUCACCCGUUCUGUCACUCGAGAAUGUCAGUCUCAGACACCUUCGGUCUACAGCUAGCCAAGUAUACUAACGUCGCUGCAUCAACAAUCCUAAUUUAUGAUUAUUUUGUCACGUUACAUUCUGAAGUCCAAUGGGCCUGGGGACGGAAGUGGGGAAUCAUUCAUACCACUUUCGCGGUUUCACGAUAUGCACCUUUUGCUGGUGCACUUAUGACUUCGUAUUCCGCUGUCAAGGCGUGGGGCAACCAAGAUUGCGCACCCUUUAACGACGCUGUAAAUGGCAUACAUUUCUUGGGCAUCAUUGCCUCGGAAGGUUUGUUGAUUGCCAGGGUCUACGCCUUUUCCGGUAAUAAAAAGGCUUAUCUUAUUGCACUUUUAUCUUUUGGUUUGGUCAUCUUGGUAGCGUCUGUGAUUCUAAGUGCCGCCCCCAUCAAUUUCAACAUCCCAGGAGCUGGUCCGCCUUGCGUAUUUGAGGGAGCUCGUAGUAGUGCCCUUCCAUAUGGACUCUUAAUGUUCUUCGAGAUUGUUCUCAUGUUCACCACCGCGUUUUUGAGAUAUCGGCACUAUUUUGGUUUUCAUAAUAAAUUAAUAAGGGAUAUCUAUCGUGAUGGACUCUUAUACAUGUUCUGCAUCACAAUGAUAUCCACUGUUAAUGUGAUUGUCACCACCGUGCUACCUCUCUCGUACAGCGAGAUGUUAAACACACCCCAGAUUGUUGCGCACAGCGUUCUUGCUUCUCGAAUACUAUUCAAUCUUCAAGCGAACAAGGAGCAAUCGAUCGUCCCUACAUUCCUAUCGACGAUUGUGCCGGAGAUGCAAUCGCUUCCAGAUGAGCUUCAAGCGCGGCACGAAAGCAGGGAGAUAUUUACUCCUGCUGGCCAGCCAGAUCAAGCUUAGACUUGCUAAUAAUUUUGAGGGUUGCAUGGAUAGCAUUUGUCGUUUGAGUUUGCUGACUAUGAAUUGCUCAUCUCCUAGUAUCUCUUUGUCACGUCUUCCGUUCCGGUGGUAAGCCACUUCAUUACCCAGGUGUAUGUGUUCUCAGGACUUUGCAAAUGCAUAUUAACGACUGUAGACGAUCCAUUUGGUUACCACCUGUGAAAUAUCGUUCCUCCUGAUCGCAUAAAUUUGAUAUAAUAAACUACUUGGUGAUUUUUGACGACGACCUCGGACUCUAAUGAUCCUCUCUUAAUCCUGCGGUCCGUCUUUUACAGCAUUCUC